AUGAUACUACUUAUAAAGCUGGUUUUGGUGUACACAUUAACUUACAAAAAAGUACUAAGUAACAAAAUAAUACCAUUUCAUUAUAAUUUACAUUUUACAAUUACGCCUGACUUAUUUGAAGGUACAACAGAAAUAUAUUUUAAAACAAAGAAAAAAACAAAAAAAGUUAUACUAAAUGCCGAAGAUCUUGAUAUACAAUCCAUAAAUUUAUUUGUAUCUGACAAGGUUUUUCAAGGUACAUUUUUCAGUGAAAAAAAUACUGUAGAUAUAUUUUUUCACAACCCUCUUUUAACUGAUGAAGAAUAUAAACUAGAGAUAAAGUAUAGAAGUAAAUAUUCUGAAGGGAUGGAUGGGAUAUACAAAAGCAAUUAUAAUGAUAAUACACUUUAUUCUACACAUUUUGAACCUACUUAUGCAAGAAAAGCUUUUCCAUGCUUUGAUCAACCUGAUAUGAAAGCCCGGUUUAGAAUAAAAAUAACGGCACCACCGGACAAUAUUGUAUUAUCUAACUCUUCACUAAAUAAAAAAGACGGAAAUACUUACUUGUUUAAUGAUACCGAGCCUAUGUCAACUUAUCUUGUUGCUUUUGUCGUAGGUAAGCUUGAGAGUAUACAAAUGACAACGAAAAAUAAUAAAAUACCUAUAACAAUAUAUGCAGAUAAGUCUGAUAUUAAAAAUGGAAGACUAGCAAUAAAUGUCGCAAAAUAUGCUUUAGAUUUUUUUGAAAAUUAUUUUGAUAUUAAAUAUCCGUUUCCUAAAUUAGAUCUAGUAGCCAUACCAGAAUUUGCAAUGGGUGCUAUGGAGAACUGGGGAUUAGUUACUUUUAGAAAAACUUCAUUGUUAUAUAAUCCAGCUACAGAUGCAACAGCAUCUAAGAUCAGAGUAAUAGAUACUGUAUGUCACGAAUUGGCUCAUAUGUGGUUUGGCAAUCUUGUAACAAUGAAUUGGUGGAAUGAUUUGUGGCUCAAUGAAGGGUUUGCAACCUGGGCUGCAACCAUGGCGAUUUAUAAUUUGCCUAAAAAUAUUAUUGAUUUUGAUAUCUGGCUGAAUUUCAUUAAUAUGACACUUGAAGAAGGUAUGAGUUAUGAUUCUUUACACAGUACACAUCCAGUGGCAGUCGAAGUUCAAGAUCCAGAUGAGAUAAACCAAAUUUUUGAUCUUAUUUCAUACAAUAAAGGCGCAUCGUUAAUUCGAAUGAUUGAAAAUUUUGUUGGACACGAAUCUUUCCGCAAGAGCAUUCAAAAAUAUUUAAAGCAUUUUAAGUAUUCUAAUGCAGAAUCAAACGAUUUUUUUACUUUUCAAGAAAACUCUAAACUUACGACCAGGAUGGCUAAUUCGUGGCUCAAUCAAGAAGGAUUUCCUUUGCUUUCUGUAAAAGAAGAAAAUAAUAAUCUAAUUAUUACACAAACAAGAUUUUUUGCUGGAACAAAAAAUCAAGACGAAAAAAAUUGGAUAAUACCUGUAACUAUACAAUUUAAGGAUAAUGCACCACAAGUACAUUUAAUGUCACAAAAUACUCUUACAAUUUCUAAACAAAGUAAAAUUUAUAAAUUAAACUUGUCUAAUGUGGGGUUUUAUAGAGUUUUAUAUCCGAAGGAUGUAAUGGAAAGAACGUUUAAUUUUUUUAGUAGUAAUAAAGACAGGCUUAAUUUUAUAAACGACUUGUUUGCGCUUGCAUUUGGAGGAUAUGUAGACAUUGCGUGGGUAGUAAAAAUAAUAACUAACGUAUCAAAAGACUACGAUUAUGAAUCUAUGAAAUCUAUUAUUGGAAAUCUAAAAAAAUUAUAUCAAAUUUAUUACAGUGAUGAUGAACAAGCCACUUAUAUUAAAGACACUAUAGCACUAAUUUUAAAAAAACAUAUGAAAUAUUUUGAAGAAGAUACUAAUUCUAUUUCUACUAAGUUAUUUAGCGGGCUACUUUUAAAUAGCGCAGCUUUUAUAAACGAUCAAAAUGUAAUUAAAAGAUUUAAAAGUUUUUACAAAAUAUUUAGAUCCGGUAGAGGUCUCAUAAGUCCGGAUUAUGUUUACGCGAUGUUUGUGUCGGUUGUAGAUGAUAAUCUUGACGAAAUUAUUCAACUGUCAAAAACUUCACCAAUUUCAAAUAUACGACUUAUGGCAAUGAAAGCACUAGGAGCUGUACAAGAGGAGGAGAAUAUAUCUAAAGUUUUAAAUCUAUAUGAAGAACUUGAGAGGCAAAAUUUAAGCUAUUAUUUUCUUGGUUUGUCGAUGAAUAUAAAAUUUAAAAAUAGGAUAAUUGGAUAUUUUAUUAAUAAUUAUAACAAAAUCAAAACAUAUGUAAACAAUGAGAGUAUAAUAAAUACUUCUAUGGCACAUGUAUUAUGCGGUGUAUUCGAUUCUGAUAUAGUAGCCAAUAUAUCGGGUUUUCUAAAUAACAUCGAUAAUAAUUUGACUGUUAAAAAAAUAUUAGAAACUAAUACAAUAUUUGCUGAUUUUAAAAAAAGAAACCCAAAGCCUUUUUUGAUAGAAUAA